AUGGAUUAUACAAAUAUCACUGACGAUGUGGUGAAUUAUACCAGCCUCCAAACAGAUGGAUCCUUGGACAAAGGUAUCAAUGGUACUGAAGAGGAACCAGACUGGUUUGUAUAUUACGGGAUCCCGUACAACCCUGAAAUGAAGAUCUAUGGAAUUUUCAUCCUCGUCGUAGCUUCUUUGGGCAUUCUUGGCAACUUCUUCACAAUGGCGGUUCUGAGUCAGAAGAAUAUGAGUUCGAUUGGAACAACCUUGUUAUUCCACCUGGCCAUCCCAGACAACGUGUACCUUGUCGCUAUUACCAUCCUGGACGGCAUCAUGUGGCUUAACCCGGGUACUGACUUCAUUGACCACAUUGCCAUCGUUUCCCAGUCGAUACUGGGUCCGAUCUCCCACACUGCCUACACCACAGGGAUCUAUAUAACAGCAGCCUUGGCUCUUCAGAGGUACGCCAUGGUUGCUAAGCCCUUGCAGGUGAAGUCUAUGAUGACCCGAAAAAUUAUCAGAUGGAUUGUUCUGGCAAUCUAUAUAUUUUCCAUCCUGUUUAACAUUCCCCACUGGAUCGCCAUGGCCCCUGAAAGGUACUGGGAGCCCUAUUUGAACAAGACAUGGCUGCGACCACGAAACAAAGAAUUUAUGUUCUCAAACUUUUAUACAAAGUUCUACAGGGGAUAUGUGAACAUGGUGAUAAAACUAGUUGUACCUAUUGUAAUAUUCAUCACGACAACGUCUCUGAUUCUGGUGCACUUGUAUCGAAGUCGGCAUGGUAUUCUCAAGUCAGGUGUCAGGUCCGCUGCUAAAUCCAUUAACACGUUGGGCGGAAGAAAUGAAAACAAGUUGACCCUCGUUGUCCUGGCAGUAACCCUGAUGUCCAUCUUGAGCCAUUCUUGUACAUCUCUGCAGUUCAUAUUCAAACAGUCCAUUUGGCAACGCGGGAAGUUAUUCCAGAGCAAGAAGAAACUCUUUUCCCAAGCGUCUCGUUACCCCUCCCUCUACUGA